AUGUUUCUACUUUUUUACCUCUGUCACUCCCGUCUGAAACUACAACGUACAACCCUCUGGCUCUGCUCCUUGGUAUCUCCGCCCCUGCUACCGCCACUAUUUAUCGACCUCUCUACACUUUCACCUCUCAAAUUUCUUCGUCAUUUGCGUCUUCAGAUACCACGCUCGAGUUGUAAGAGCAAUCUGGGGAUGAGUGCGUAUAUUGUGGGUGUGUUGGCUCCUCUUGUACUGACUCUUGCCCUUCGGAGCUCUAGAAAAGGAAAAAUCCGAGGUUUGGCUGCUGAUGCUGACGUGGAAGGGGAAGGUGGGUAUGCGAUCAGAAACCACCGGUUUGCAUCUCCAGUGGAAACAGCAUGGGAAGGGAUAAAAACUCUUGCAGAGCUUUUUGAGCAGGCAUGCAAGCAGCAUGGUGACAAAAAUCUGCUUGGAACACGGAAAUUAAUAUCCAGGGAGACACAAGUACAUGCAGAUGGGAGGUUAUUUGAAAAGCUUCAUCUUGGUGAUUAUGAGUGGAUGAGUUAUGGUCAAGUGUUUGAAACUGUGUGCAAUUUUGCAUCUGGGUUGGUGCAAGUUGGGCAUACAACUGGAGAACGUGUAGCAAUCUUUGCGGAUACACGGGAGGAAUGGUUUAUUGCACUGCAGGCUUGUUUCAGGCGCAAUCUCACUGUUGUCACCAUGUAUGCAUCUUUGGGAGAAGAAGCCAUCUGCCACUCAUUAAACGAGACUGAGGUUACUACUGUAAUUUGUGGAAACAAAGAGCUGAAGAAGCUUCUAGAUAUAAGUGGACAAAUAGACACGGUAGAACGUGUAAUAUGCAUGGAUGAUGAUGAUAUGUUGAGUGAUGGAAGCAGCAGUUGGAAAAUGUAUUCGUAUUCUGAAGUAGAACAAAUUGGCAGAGAGAAGCCUGUUGAUGCAGAUCUACCACUCCCAGCUGAUGUUGCAGUCAUUAUGUAUACAAGUGGAAGUACUGGCUUACCUAAGGGAGUAAUGAUGACACACAGCAAUGUUUUAGCUACAGUUUCUGCUGUGAUGACCAUUGUGCCUGGCUUAGGAGGCAAGGAUGUUUAUUUAGCAUACUUACCACUGGCACAUAUUCUUGAACUUGCAGCCGAGAAUCUGAUUGCAGCUGUAGGAAGUUCAAUCGGUUAUGGAUCCCCUUUAACUCUUACAGAUACAUCAAGCAAAAUUAAGAGGGGCACAAAGGGAGAUGCAUCCACUCUAAGGCCAACAUUAAUGGCAUCCGUUCCAGCUAUUCUUGAUCGUGUUCGAGAUGGUGUGCGCAACAAGGUGGAUUCAGCAGGCGGAGUAUCAAAGAAGUUGUUUGAUUUGGCGUAUGGUCGGCGGUUGUCUGCAAUUAAUGGGAGUUGGUUUGGGGCAUGGGGAUUAGAAAAGUUUCUGUGGAGCUUUCUUGUCUUCAGAAAGGUCCGAGCCAUUUUGGGUGGUCGUAUCCGCUUUAUUCUUUCUGGAGGCGCCCCUUUGUCUGCUGAUACUCAAAGAUUUAUCAACAUUUGUCUCGGAGCUCCAAUAGGUCAAGGUUAUGGUCUAACUGAGACUUGUGCUGGUGGGACAUUUUCUGAGUAUGAUGAUACAUCUGUUGGUCGUGUUGGUGCACCCCUUCCUUGCUCCUAUAUCAAGUUAAUCGAUUGGGCGGAGGGUGGUUACUUAACGAGUGAUUCACCUAUGCCUCGUGGGGAAAUAGUGAUUGGUGGGCCAAAUGUUACUCUGGGUUACUUCAAAAAUGAUGAAAAGACAAAGGAAGUAUACAAAGUUGAUAAGAGAGGGUUGAGGUGGUUCUACACGGGUGAUGUUGGGCAGUUCCAUAAAGAUGGGUGCCUUGAGAUAAUUGACCGUAAGAAGGAUAUUGUGAAACUUCAACAUGGAGAAUAUGUUUCUCUUGGAAAGGUUGAGGCGGGUCUUAGUGUUAGCCCUUAUGUGGAUAACAUCAUGGUGCAUGCCAAUUCAUUUCAUAGUUACUGUGUGGCUCUUGUGGUGGCUUCACAGCCUGCACUCGAAUCUUGGGCUUUGCAAAAAGGUAUCAACUUUGAUGACUUCACAAGUUUGUGCCAAAUGGAAGAAACCCUCAAGGAAGUUUAUACUUCCCUUGUAAAGGCUGCAAAAACAGCAAGAUUGGAGAAGUUUGAGAUCCCUGCAAAAAUCAAAUUGCUUUCUGAAGCGUGGACUCCUGAAUCCGGACUCGUUACUGCAGCACUAAAACUCAAGAGAGAUGUCAUCAGAAAGACAUUCAAACAGGACCUUGCUAACUUCUACUCAUAGCUCCAUUACUUUCUUUGUUUCUUCGUGUACAAGUUUUGUUCUUUCCCCCAUCCCCUCUCUUUUGAUUGAUUCUACUUGUUUUUGUUACUUCUUUUUAUGCUAAGUUUUCUACAAUUGCAUUUUCCUUUAUCAAGAAUUUUAUGGGUUUAGAUUUUAAUUUUUG